AUAGAAGAACUGGCCCCAGCACUGGACAGUUUGAAAGUUUCCGGAAACGCUCCAAAGAUGACAUAUCCACUGGGCGCAGAGGCUCUGCUGACCGAGGUCGCAGCGGCUAUGAGAAGUACCGAAGCUGGUCUCCUGACAGCUACAGUUCCAGCAUGGACAACUUCCGGCCUGUCACACUGACCGUGUCCAGCUUUUUCAAGCAGGAAGGUGUGAAACUCAGUGAUGAAGACUUGUACAAGUUUCUGGCUGACCUGAAGCGACCAUCUUCUGUCCUCAAGAGGGUCAAGUGCAUCCCAGCUACUCUAAAACUGGACAUCUCACCGUGUCCUGAGGAACCAAGGUACACCCUGACCCCAGAACUUCUCAGGGUUGAACCAUAUCCUGAUGACAAAGGUCGACCCACGAAGGAGAUUUUGGAAUUUCCUCCUAAAGAAGUUUUUGUGCCUUACACCAUUUAUAGAAACCUGAUGUACGUUUACCCCAAGAGCCUGAACUUUGCCAACCGCCAGGGGUCGGCUCGAAAUCUGGCAGUCAAGGUGCAGUUCCUGGCCGGAGAAGAUGAGAAUUUUGCCUUGCCAGUGAUUUUUGGGAAAUCCAGUUGCCCCGAACUCUCCCGUGAAGCUUUGGCAGCAGUGACUUACCAUAAUAAGUCUCCAGACUUCUAUGAAGAAGUGAAGAUAAAACUGCCAGCCAAGCUGAUGGAAACUCAUCAUUUGCUGUUCACCUUCUACCACAUUAGUUGCCAGGUGAAGAAGAAUGAACCGACUCCGACCGAAGUUCCUGUAGGCUAUACGUGGUUGCCCCUAUAUCGAGAUGGACGAUUGAUCAGUGGCGAUUUCACCUUGCCUGUGUCAGUAGAAAAACUUCCUCCAAACUACUCGCUUCAUCACCCUGAUUUUCAGAUUCCCAGCAUGAAGUGGGUGGACAACCACAAGGGAGUGUUCAGUGUUUCUGUUCGAGCCGUCUCCUCCAUCUUUGCACAGGAUGAGCACAUCGACCGAUUCAUGAAUCUGUAUGCAGCCGUACAGGAAAUGAAAAUUCCCCCGAGGAUGAAUGAAAUCGCCUUUGAGAAUGAACUCAAGCGAAGCAUCAUGGACAUUAACGCAGCAAAAGGAGAAACGCUGGUCCAGUUCCUGCCUUUGAUCCUGGACAGGCUGAUUAGCCUCAUGGUGAGGCCUCCAGUAAUUGGGGGAAACAUUGUCAACUGUGGACAGUCCACCUUCGAGGCCAUAGCUCAAGUUGUCCUGACGGUUCAUGGUCUGCUGGAUGAGAAGAAUGACCACAAUGGACGGAAUCUCUUGUUGGCCUCAUACAUUCACUACUGCUUCAGUAUACCAUACCAGGGGCUCAUUCAUCAAGGAUCCUCUCCCAACAUUGGCAGUCCUCACACACAAGGCUAUGCCACCCUGGGACGACCUUCCUCUCUGCCAGUAUCCAAGGCCAACUAUCAGCGCAGUUCCAGUAACCCAGACCUGGCAGGAAGUACACCGACCUCUCCAGACUUGGAGUUUUCAACAUUCACAGGGCGUCCCCUGGACCGGGCUGGAAGCAUGAGAACAGAUGACCCAGGUCAAGGCAUACCAAAAAUGAGGGGGAAAAAGCUUGUGCAUGAAGAACUGGCGCUCCAGUGGGUGGUCUCAAGCGGCUCAACCAGGGAGCUGGCUCUCAACAAUGCCUGGUUCUUUUUUGAGCUGAUGGUGAAGGCUAUGGCAGAGCAUCUGGACCAGGUGGACAAGCUGUGUGUUCCACGACAGAUGAGGUUCCCGGAUCACUUUGUGGAUGAUGUCACCUCGCUUGUCACCAUGAUCAUUAAAGAUGUCGUGGAUCGGUAUAUUAAGGAGCCGCCUCUCAUCAAGACACUCAACACAAGUUUGGCUUUCUUCCUCCAUGAUCUUCUGUCGCUGAUGGACAGGGGCUUUGUCUUUCACUUGAUUCGGGAAUACUGUCGAGCUAUGGCCUAUAAAAUGAAACAGCUGUCCGACCCAACCAGUCUGAUGCUUCUUCGCUUGGACUUCCUUCGCAUCAUCUGUAGCCACGAGCAUUUCCUGCCUCUCAAUUUACCUUUUGGCACUCCUCUGACCCCAAGUGGACUACACUCUCCUACAAGCAGCAUCAGUUCCCGCAGCUCCGUCACCUCUAGUACCACACUGGUGGAUCGAUCCAGAGCAAACUUUUAUACCUUGAGUCCACAGUUCCGUAGCCAGCAUUUUCUUGUUGGAAUUGUGCUGUCCGAUUUAGCCAUCUCAUUUGAUUAUAGUAAUCCGGUGAUCCAUCACAGAGCCAUAAGUGUUAUCCACAACAUCUUGUACAACCAUGACCUAGAUGUCCGCUACACUGAUCCAGAGGUCAAGAGUCGAGUGGCCACGUUAUACCUGCCUCUGGUUGCCAUUGUGUUGGAAGCCUUGCCCCAGUUACACGAUCCUGGCUUGGAUACAAAAGUAAAGGGUAUUGGCACACUGGGCUUGGAUGAAGAAGGAGAUAAGAUUAACCAGCGGGUUGCCAUGGCGAUAGCAGGGUCAAAUGUGGUCAGCCGCAUACACUCAUCAGUGUCUAUUGCACAAGCCUACGAAGACAGCAAUGAUGGUAGCAAGGCUCGCAAGACACCCCUAGGGUUGGAGUCUACUCGCAAUUUGCUGCUUUGUUUCCUGUGGGUGCUGAAGAAUGCCAAACAGUCAAUACUGAAAUCCUGGUGGUCAGAACUUCCUAUUGCCAAACUGGCCAGUUUACUGGAGGUUCUCUUCCUGGCUGUUUCCAAUUUUGAAUAUAAG